AUGGGCGUCGACGUCGAACAUAUUGAGGAAGGCGAUGGCAAGACCUAUCCCAAGGCAGGUGAUAAGGUGGUGGUUCACUACCUAGGUACACUGACAAAUGGAAAGAAGUUUGAUUCCUCCUAUGAUCGUAACAAGCCAUUUACUUUCACAAUUGGCAAGGGCCAAGUCAUUAAAGGAUGGGACGAGGGUAUUCCUAAGAUCAGCAAAGGUGGGAAGGCGAAAAUAGUAGUCAGCCCAGACUGUGCUUAUGGUAAAAAAGGUGUCCCUGGAACAUAUCCUUUGCUUUUGUUGGUCCACAUUAUAUUUAAUUAUGUCACUAUAGGUCCUAAUGAAACCUUGGUCUUUGAAGUACAUCUGGUGGACAUCAAUCCCGCAUAG